CCUCUUUGUUUUUCUCUCUUUCUUGUUUUAUUUCUUUUUUUAAAGAAAAAAGAAAAAAUAUAGCCAAAGUGAAGAACCUAAUUAGAAAUAUUUAUAAACCCAAAAUGUCUACUCCUUUUGAACCUAAUCAGGGUCCAAUUGGGGUUGACAAUGAAAUAUCGUUAUUAAAACAUGAACAACAGCCUCAGAAUGACCAAGUGAUGAAUCUUUUCUUGAAUCAAGUUGCCGAUUAUAACACCUUUGAUCAUCAUCAAUCACAACAAGGUUCUAGCAGUAGCAGCAGCAGUAACAGUGGUCAUAGCAACAACAACAAUAACAACAACAGCAGUGUAUUUGCAACUCAUAAAGACUCAGCCAUUGAAGAGUUUAUUACGCUUCCUAAUAACAACAGCAACACAAAUAAGAAAGGAAAGCAAAAGUCUAAAGAAGGCGGCCAUACUUCCUUGCUUCAAGUGCUCACCAACCCUUUAUUGCAUGCUAUUCCUAUUCUAGCAAGAAACUGCCUAAAUUUUGAAGACUUCUUGGCUCAAACUUCAGUGCCUGGUCACAAUGGUCUACUUGGGUCGAUGGACGAAUUAGAUAAUCAUAAUACUGAAACAGAUCUGGCACCGUCACCAAUGAUAAAGAGUGAUACGCCUUGGCAUAUUCGUGUUUUAGGUUUACCGCAUACAGGAGCAAAAUCGAGAGUAGAGACACAGAUUAAGAUCUGUCUUCAGCUUGUAGAUGCUCAAGGAGAGUUGGCUACAAAUUGGUCACAUAUUAAGCUACCAGGGCAUUUAGUUGCCAAAGAUAAGCUAAAACGCCGAAAUCAGAAAUAUGGACCCGAAGAGAAAGCGACAUUGAUUGAGUCACAGGUAUUAUCUCUGGAAGCCGCUGUGGUCUGUGAAAGUCAUCCUGAAGAUCAGAUUAUCAUGUGUCCUAGUUGUGUUCAUCGAGAGCGAAAACGUCUGAAAAGAAAGAGAGACAAUAAGGUGGCUAGAGCGGCUAAUAAAGAAGGGGGUGCAGCUAAAUUGGCAGCUUUAUUAAGCAGUAACGAUUUACCGGAUCUCAGUGAUGAACAAGUCAUGGCAGAAGAGCGAAAGAGGAUCCUCUUGUUCAAUUGUAAUGACUUUGUUGAAUUUAAUUCUGGAGAAGCUACAAUACCAACUAGAAUCACUUGUUACUGUCGUCAUCACAGCGAAAAAAUAGGAUUUCGUAUUGUGUUUGCUCUCAAAGACCAUAUGGAUCAAGUUCUGGCAACCGGUCGCUCGCCUCCUAUUAUGAUCACGGACGAUCAUAAAAGUUCAAAAGUACAACAACAAGCAGCAGCAAGGAAGCGAAAUCGUGCAGAAAUGGAUAUGUCUGCAACCGAAAGUGACGUGCCGGGGCCGUCGGCAACAAGAAGGAGAACUGACGUUGAGACAGACUCAGCCAUUUCCAGCCCGAUUGCCUCUACUCCCCCUACACCCUCAUCGCAGAAUGAUCCUCAUCCGUUUAAUCCACAGCAUCACAAUAAUAAUGAUUUAGACUUGUCAAAUAACGAACUGUAUGAUUUCCUUAAUUCCAAUGAUCUCAAUUUAUUACACGCCUCGCAGUCUUCUACACCACAACAUCAUCCGCCAAAGCCGUCAUCAUCUUUACAAAUACAGCAACAACAACAACAACAACCGCAGCAGCAUCACCAGCAGCACCAGCAUCCUCUUAAUACAAAUACCAAUACUACUACUACUACUAAUACUAAUAAUCACAGUCAUUCAUUAUCACAUCCUCCUCCGCCUCCACCUGAUCUCCUUCAACAACAUCAGCAGAUACUAUUUAACCAAAACCCUAUCGUACAUCAUCGCCUUAUCCCAACUGAAGGCCCUACCUAUAAUAGUGGCUCAGAAGUCAAUGUGCUAGGACCUAAUACUUAUCAAGGAUCGGCUGGUCUGAUGAAUGAAAACCCUACGGUGUCUAGAAAUCAUUGUUGGAAAGAUUAUCUUGAAGAAACAGCCAAGGAACUACGACGUAACAUACGAGAAAAAGAAAAUGAACUAGAAGAGCUGCGUAUAAAUCUUGCAAGAAUUGAAGAUAUAAUUGCUUCUAACGAAUAAAU